AUGAAAUUUGAAUACGAUCCAGACGAAGUACCUCAAAAGGUUAUCGAGGUGUUAAAGCGGUUUUGCUUGCAUUCGAGCAAAGAUGGCCAUCAGAAAGACGUCGGAAGGGUAUUCGAGUCCAUGCCUGAGAAGUUAAAGAUUAAUAUCACGGCAAACCGGCCGAUAACUAUGGUUUUACCUGCAUUUCCAUGGAAAAGUCCGAACCAGGAUAAAGUGCUAGCAGAUGGGGCAGAUCUAGGAGAAGAACUGGGUUUGGCGAAAUUGAACCACCUGUGCGAGGAUAUCUCGAAGAUCUAUCCUUACGGUGCACGACUAAUCCUCAUUUGUGAUGGCCCAGUAUAUAAUGACCUGGUCGGUGUCCCUGACGACGAAUGUUACGACUAUGGCAUUGAGAUACGCAAAAUCGCCCAAGAGAAACAUUUUUCUUCUAUCCAGUUUGUCCGGCUGAUGAACUUGCUGGGACUAGGAGAUGGCGAGAAAAUCUCCAAGGCAGAUUAUCUCCGUCUCGUCGCCACUGUCAGGGAGAAACUGAUGUCACCCACAUACUUCGACCCCAAAUUUGACAUUGAACUUGAGUUGAAGACAAAUCCAGAUACCAGAACAACAUACGAGAGCUAUUUUAGUCGCAUCUCAGAGGAUCUAAAAUGGGCCAAGGGGCUUGACCCUAUUGUCGCGGCCGACCCGGCGCUCUACGCGGCUGAGGUGUCCAAGAUGGCGAAAACCAUGAUCAACCGGCUCAUCUUUUCCCAGGCAUAUGAAGCCGUCAUUAACGAUACACUCGGAAAAUACAUCCGUCUCUCGAUUCACCCUUCAUUAGGGCUAAACAAGGUCUCUAUUCCCUUGCUGGGCCAAGGUGAUCUGUUUGGUGAUAUGCCGUGGCAUGCAAGUGUGGCGGUACUGUCAAAUGGGGAGAUCAAGACCGGAAAAUCGCGGGAAUUUCGCAAACUGUACGAGGUCGUUGUGAGGCAUGGCCGGCCUUAUUACUUCAGAGAACGGAGCCCAAUGUACGAAUGGGAGGCAGAUGUGGAGUUUCAGCAUGACUACGAUGGGUUGAUUGUGAAGAACCCUUUACAGAGAGCUCAGACGCUUGGUAGGGAUGAUCGCUUAAAGCUAGCUCGCUUGAUUGUGCAGUAUCAGACCAAGUCGGUUCGAGUGGAGGGGUUUGAAGUGUUGAAUGACGCAUGA